AAAUGGAUUUUGAAGCCCUGAAAAAAUACUCAGCACUACAUCCUAAACCUGCUGGACUUACUCUUCAGUAUGGCACCGCAGGUUUUCGCACCAAGGCCGAACAGCUUGAUCACGUCAUGUUCCGCAUGGGCUUGCUGGCAGUUCUCAGGUCCAAAGCCGUGGUAGCUACUAUUGGCGUCAUGGUUACAGCAUCUCACAAUCCAGAAGAAGAUAAUGGUGUAAAGCUGGUUGAUCCUCUUGGAGAAAUGCUGCACCCUUCCUGGGAAGAGUAUGCCACACAACUAGCAAAUGCAGAGGAAGGAGAAUUACAGAAAAUAAUAACUGAGAUCUGCCAAAAAGCAGCAGUGAACCAGCACAAAGAUGCUUCAGUUUUUAUUGGUAGAGACACCAGGCCAAGCAGCGAGAAGCUUUCACAGUCAGUAAUAGAUGGUAUCUCUGUUCUAGGUGGUCAGUACCACGACUAUGGUCUGGUGACAACACCACAGCUACAUUACAUGGUCUGUUGCCAAAACACCCAAGGGCGGUAUGGGAAAGCAACGCUGGAAGGUUAUUAUGAAAAACUGUCCAAAGCUUUUACAGAACUGAUAAAACAGUCUCCCUGCUCUGGAGAGAGUCAGAGGCACCUGAAGAUUGACUGUGCCAAUGGAAUAGGAGCCCUGAAGAUGUCAGAAAUGGAGCCCUACUUUCCAAAAGAGGUGCUAAUUCACCUAUAUAAUGAUGGAACCAAGGAGAAACUCAAUCACUUAUGUGGUGCAGAUUUUGUGAAGGUUCACCAGAAACCACCUAGAGGUGAUGGCAUGAAUGGUUCUGCUUGCACAAUGGAAAGAGAGAAUCCUACAGCUGGGUUUGGCACCUCCCUGUUUUAUAUUAGUCUCAAUUGUUUGGAGGAGUACA